AUGUUGGGAAGAAGCGGCUUGAUGCUUCAAUUCUUACCAUUUCGUAGCCCGAUCCUAAAUCCAAUCGAGGAGGUCUUCUCUAAAAUGGAAGAAUGCAGUCGAAGCACGAAACUGGACCAACGAGUCGGAGUUUUGUAUGACCAGAGUUUUUGGAAUUUAGCCAGUAAAUCACAUCUGAUGACAGUAGAAACCAUUGCAUACAGUCGUAUGAGAAAUUUCUUGGGUAAGGCUUGUGCAGAGAGGUUUGAAUUUGGGAAAACGCGUAUAUCCCCAAUACAAUUUGUUAUACUUCUAGUGAACGACAGAGUGAAUGAAUGA